AUUGGCGUGGAAUUACACCAGCACGCUUCGGUCGAUUCUUCAUUUGGCAGGUCGUAGCCAAUGCAUUGGAAGUCAGCGAAUAGCCAUUCAGAUUAACGAAUAAAGAACAAGAGGUCCAGGCCGGGCGCUGCCAGCUAUCUGAACGAGGAGAGUUCAUGCUAGCUCUCGCGACUAUUUCAGUUCACCGUCGCCAUUAUAGAGGCUGCUGGUGUACCCGUUCGUUUUGAACGGAUCAAAGGAAAGCUUUGGUAGAUCGGAACAUAGUGUACUGCAGUUUCUCCUUUCAUGGCUGUCUUCCCUCCGUGUAACUUGCCUGUGGUUGAAGAAACAAGAGAUGGGGAUGUGUUCAUAUCAAGUUAUUGAUAGGGGGAGGGGUCGACACCCAAAACGCUAGCAACAUUGGAAACCGAUCUCACAUGAACCAAGGAGUUGGAUUCCGGGGAACCUGCGAGGAAAACUAACAGGGAUACCAAGGAGAGUUUAAGCAAACGUUCAUGCACGGCGAUAUUGAAUGUAUAUGCAUAGACGUAUGUCUCGUACCCUUUCUGAUACAACUCAUUGUAUAUAGAAAGUGGACAUCGUUUUUUAACGGAGUCGAGUGGACGAUUUAUGCUUCAAAUCUUCCGACAUAUAUGUAAUGACUUCCGGGAAGCUUGUUUUUUGAUGAUUUUGAAAGGAAUGCACCACUGGUCUGUCACUGUUUGGAUGUAAUUUCAGUUGUUGAAAAUUUAUUGAAAUUCUUUGACCUUGAUUCCUUGCGUCUUAGGCAUCCAGGCUUUAGGAAAGAUAGCUCCUGUUCUGCCAAAUCAAUUCCAUAACUUGGUAUAAGAUCAUAUGGUGUUUUCAUGGUAAGUACAAAACUAAUAACCUGCAAGAGAAGGCAUAACUCAUCUCUGUAGCUGUUAGGAGAUCAUUUAAGUUGCUUGUUAAAGGUAACUAUUUAUCUUUGCUCUUAAAUUGUAUAUCUUUGGCUUAUGAACAUGAUGAUAUUGUAAUCAGUGCACAGAACUAGCAUAGCUUUAUUUACAUUAAGGAACUGAUCUCGACAAGAGAUCAUUAAUCUAUUUUCAGCGUGAGCAAAGAAACAAUUUGACGAUUGGUGGCAACUAUAAGAAAGCCAGCCUCACCCCUUUGUCCCCUUUCCCCUAAUAUUUGCUCAACCUGCCGCCCCCUUUCAACGGAAUUUAAGUUGCUUCUUGUAUUUAGGCGCGCUCCUUUUUUUUUCUUUAAUUGUUAAACACCAACCGCCACCAUUUUCAACCAUAAAAUUGAUUUGAUCGAGCGUUGGGGGUUAAACCCUGCCUGGUCUCGCUCGAACAACAGGCAAAAUAGAUCCUGGGGUAGGAAAAAACAGCCCAAGACCUCCUUGGCGCCCCCUACGGCAAGUCCAAGGAUGGAAGCGGCAAUGGCAGGGCUUGAGGCGGCAUCGGGUAACCCGUAUGCAUCCACCCCACGGCACUACGGAAGGUCAAUGUCUCAUACCCCCAGUGGAGGAAACAUCUCUGGCGCUAUGAGCAACUGUCGGUCUCUACCUCGACUCCUUGAGCAAGGUGAUGACAGCAGUGAUAGCGGGGAAGACAUGGCAAGCGAAGAUCCUGGAUGGGAACGCGUUGUCAUCAACGUCAGUGGACUCCACUACGAAACACACCUCAAGACUCUGAACCAGUUUCCUAACACUUUACUAGGGAAUCCUGAGCGAAGGAUCAGGUAUUUUGAUCCCAUUCGGAACGAAUACUUUUUCGAUCGUAAUCGACCGAGCUUUGACGCCAUUUUGUACUAUUACCAAAGUGGGGGACGGUUGCGAAGGCCUGUCAAUGUUCCUAUAGAUGUCUUCACAGAGGAAAUAAAAUUCUAUGAACUGGGCGAUGGAGCAUUGACAAAGUACAGAGAGGACGAGGGCUUCAUUCAAGAUGAGGAAAAAGUAUUGCCUACGAAUCCCUUGCAAAAGAAAAUGUGGCUUCUAUUUGAAUAUCCCGAGUCUUCUAGAAUGGCUAGAGUUGUAGCGAUCAUUUCUGUAAGUGUAAUCCUUAUAUCAAUUGUAAUUUUCUGUAUGGAAACAAUGCCAGAGUUCAAAGACGCGCGUAAGAUGACGGAGAGUGGAUCAGGGGUUACUACUUGUGGAGCGACUAUGGCAGCGACUACGGUGCCCACGCCAACUCAAUCAGGCAAUAGAACGACAUCAUCGGAGGAAGCAGAUGCUGCCUUAAAAAGUGCAGAACUGGCGGCAUACUUCCGCCACCCGUUCUUUGUGAUCGAAACGUGCUGCAUUGUUUGGUUUACUUUCGAAAUUCUGGUUCGAUUCCUGUCGAGCCCCAGCAAAUUGGCCUUUGCAAAAAACGUCAUGAAUAUCAUUGACAUCAUAGCAGUACUUCCAUAUUUUAUACAAGUGGGCACCAUGAUCGCCCAGUCAUCCACAGAUACUAACAGCCAGGCUAUGUCCUUAGCCAUCCUUCGUGUUAUCCGACUUGUUCGCGUCUUCAGAAUAUUCAAGCUUUCGAGGCACUCUCGGGGCUUACAAAUUCUUGGUCGAACUUUAAAGGCCAGUAUGCGUGAGCUAGGCCUGCUCAUAUUCUUCCUGUGCAUUGGGGUUGUCCUAUACUCAAGCGCCGUCUACUUCGCCGAUGCUGACAGCUCGGACGAAAACGGCGAACCUAUCUUUAAGAGUAUCCCCGAUGCCUUCUGGUGGGCAGUGGUCACCAUGACAACUGUUGGCUAUGGUGACAUGAAACCCAAAAGUACAGGUGCUAAAAUCGUAGGAUCGCUCUGCGCAAUAACGGGCGUACUGACGAUCGCGCUUCCUGUUCCUGUAAUCGUGUCCAAUUUCAAUUAUUUUUACCACCGGGAGGACGACGGUGAGGAUUCCUCAAACUACUCACAUGUAUCAAGCUGUCCGUUCCAACAAGCGCCCUCUAUUGACGAUAGAAGUGAAGGUAAUAGUGAGUUGGAUCAACAUGAUUUUGUGGAGAUGGAAGAGGGGCUAUUAGAAUCGUCGAGUAGGAAAUCUAAUCACAAUGGUAAUUCAAAGCCAAAUAAUGUUCAGGGCAACUGUAUAAGGAAUAAUAAUCUUAAAAUGCUUAGCAUAGAAACAGAUGUCUAACUAUGGCUAAUAUUAUUUUUUUUGUUUCAAUUUUGUACAACUUGCCACUAGUACCUUGCAUUGCAAUAAAUGGAGUUAUAAGCCUUGCUGACAUGAAUUUGAAAUUACAACUGAGAUUAAACAAUAACAACCAUUCUAUGUAAAUUACAAGGAAUUCAUGCGUACACGCGCAGUACCAUUUACCGCGCCGCAGCUAACAAGUAUUUCCCCCGGUAAUUGACGCCAAUUUAUGCGGCUCUCUCCCCUAAACUCGAUUGCUGCGCUUUUAUGCAUUCUAACCAUAUUAUGAUUUUAUGCAAUGCUCUGUCUGAGAACAAUGUAAUGUAUAAAACAAGAUCAAAAUAUUCCCUGGACGGAGAGCGUUUUGGGUAACGAUCAGUAUCUUCGAAACAAGCGUAAACACACCUGUAUAAAAAAAAGUCUGAAUAGAACAAGCAAAGAAAUAAUCUAGUGAUUCUUGAAAAAUAGCUAUUGAAAAUAUUUCUCAAGAUAUAGCAGUGCCUUGUUUAUUAGUCAUUCGAUUGAAGAAAACAAAUCAUAUUUGGUUUAGUUGAGUUUCAGUAGGAGUACAUUAAAAAUGAACUCCAAUAUUCCAAACAGAUUCCAACUAUGAUUUUAUGCACGGAGCUUGCUGCAUUUACACACUUAUCCUCACGAACAAAAUAGCAUUUAUAGAUGAUAGAAAAUGGUUUAAAAAGUGGACAAAGAACGCCUAAACACAAAGGCCCAUAGUCUGAACUCAGAUUCAAAUCAAAUUCUAGUUCAAAGUUAUAAAGUUAUGGAUUAACUAUGGACAGCCAAUUGUGGCACAAUUUAUACUGGUACACGCUCAACUUAUCAGAUCAUUUGACAUUGAAAUCAUUCACAUCUGUCUUGAAAUGUUAAACAAAAUAUUGUAGUCAUCAUGAAAGCAAGGAAAAAGUAAACAUAAUAAAUAUAUUUACACACAUUUUGAUUUGUUGGUUUCCCCAUAAUCUCAGCAGAGAAUAAGACAGUGGUCUGGUUUUAACAGAGGCAUGAAACACAAAGCUUAACAAUCGUCGUAGAACAUUUGUCUACGAUCGAUUGCAUUGACUGCAAUAUACAAUCAAUCGUGAAAAUAUUGAUCGCUAACAUUUGUGUUACGGGACGCUGGACCUUGGAAUACGGGCCUAAGGGUUAAAAAAAUGUUUGCAAAGGUAAACACUUAGUGUCAAGAAGUGACACUAUCACACAUGCAUUAAAGACAACGGGAUUUUUUUUUGUAUAGCCCUACAGUCAAGAGGUGACACUAUCACACAUGCAUUAAAAACAAUGGGGAUUUUUUUACAGCCCUACAUUUUAUAAGGGAUCAUCAGUCGCACCUUUGUUCAAUAAACGAAUGUACAAUGGUCAUACAAAGAAAAAAAACAUCAAAUUUGUAACUGUCACAUUGUUUUUUUUACGUAUACAUUCUUGCAAAAAUUAGAGCGAUGCGUAAUUUGUUUAUAACGCACAAUGCGCCCUAAAUGAUUCCCCAUUUCAUUUAUUUAUUAUUAUUUUUUAGUGCAAAUCUUUCUAAAAUUACGGCUCUUUGGAUUUUGUAAUUAAUGUAAUUACGACGCAUGAUAUAUGUUGAGAGAGUUUAAAGGUUUGGAAUUUCCAACAAGAUGUAAGCACUGAAUUUUAAGCAUCAUGAGUUUUCCUUUCCUUUGUAAAUAAGACAAAUAUUUAUAUUCACAUUUGUAUUAAUUUUUAUACGAAAAUAUUGAAAAAAGAACUUAAAAUGUAGUCAAACUACACUUUAAAAAAAAUCGCACUAUGCAUAUCCUUUAGUGGAACAAAUAAUUAUUUUAUGAGUUGUGUUGUUGUACAUCUAUUAGAAGGUGUUAUGAAAAGUCUUUCUGUGUUAAUUAUAGCUUUCGUACGAAGUAGCCUAUUUAUAUUGCAUACCCGACCUAAUGUUGCUUAUAUUGUGUUUAAAAGUCUGGCGCGACGUAGAUUAGCAUUUAAGUCAUAAUGUUAAGAAUUUCAAAAAUAUUAUAAAUCAUAACAAAAUGCGUAUCAUGUGACAGAAUCUAUCAUUCUAUACAUGCUAUAUAUGAAGUAUUACAAAUAUUCAUACUUAACAGCGCCAACAUAUAUAUUACAACAUGAAUUGUAUUCCUAUUCCACAUAACGAUAUUUCUCAACAUCAACAUUUAAUAAUGUUUCUUUCCUUCAGAGCAAUGAAAUAAAGGAAGGAAAGUUACGUUAAGCAUUGAGCUAGAGAUAAAAUAUGUAUGUAUAAAUAUAUAGAUAUAUAGGUACAUACGUGUAGAUAAAUACAUAAUAGGAUCAGAAAACAAACUAAAAGUAUAUAACUUAAUGAGUAAAAUAUUACUCAAGUACAUAUCGCAAGGAGAGCUGUGAUAUAACAUAACUGUCUUAUCAUAAUUUUGUAAAAGUUUUCGAAGCACAGAGGCACCAAGGAGACAUAAUUAAUCAAAUUAUUUUACAACACAAGUAGAUGAGUAAAAUUCGAUUGGAAACAAUGACGAUUUGAAUGGCGAUUUGCCAUACCUUCUCUUAUAAACCACUUCAAAACAGAACGAAGCUGCUAUUGUCCACACAAAACACUUAUACGAUUCGACAUAACACGAUCAUGAUGAUGACGAUGGCGAUGAUGUUGGUGGUGAAGAUUUGUUAUUAAUCUCUGCAUCUUGAUUCUAUACUGUACAGUUAUUGUGCAAUCAAAACCAUUUACUCUAUUCUAAUUGUGUACUUCGUUGCAUUAUCUUGUUCCGGUCUACCGAAGUGAAAGUUCUAGGACUAGGACCCAAUCGAAAUCAUUAAAGGCGAAAUCAUGAUUUAUCAUAUGUUGGCAAAGUGGGAAAAUAUUUUACACCAAAGAAAGUUUUUUUCUCGAAAAACAUUGAACUUAUCUGGCAUGUCUGAGAUGAAGAGAACAUGGGAGAUUGGCAUGAAUGUGAGAUUGUAAUGUGUAUGCACGAUACACAGGUGGAAGCUUUUAUAUUGUCCUUGUCGAGAGCAUGUAUCUUCAAAAGACCUGUCAAGAACUGUAUGCAUAAAUGACGUGAAAGGGGCCCCAUCUGUCUAAAUAUCAACGAGCAGGUUUGAUUAAUUCAUGUAUCUAUUAAUUGGAGAGGAAGUCUAGACGUCAAAUGUUAUCCCCAUUUCUACACUAUUUGAAUAAAAUAGCUUAUCAAGCACACUCGAUGUAUUUCUUAAACGGAAGAAAAUAAGUUCAUGACAACACGCUACGAAAUAGUCCACAUUUGUGAAGAAAUUCGACUUGGGACAGUAUGUUAUACAUGAUGUAAUUUUGAAUGUGUGCUGCCAUUGAUUGCGUGUUUCUCUAGCAUGUCAUUGGAUAAUAAUUCUUCGUUAAAUUUGGAUAGCCUGUUCAAUUACAAAGUGCACGUGCCCCAUCUAAAUAG